CGUUAGACAUAUUAUUGGCAGAUACACCACUAGAAAAUAUCACUAAAAGUACAUGAGAUAUUGUUUAGGUUUUUUUUAUUUUAUUUUAUGAGCACCAACCAGCCGUCAUAUGGGAAUUGUGUGAAACAAGAUUAUUUGUGAUUAAUAAGUGAUAUAUGUAUGUAUGUAAACGAUAUACGGAAUAACGCAAAAAAAUUCUUUAGCAAAAAUGUUAAAGACAAUAUUUCGAAAUCCUAUAAAAUUGUGAUGAAAACAGCAUCCUAAAUAUACAAAAAAAUUUCAACUGGAAUAAAAUUUACAAUUUCUGUUAAAAACUUACAAAGGCGAUAUUGUGUGGUGGCGUUGCGAGUGUGUUACAUGUGUUAAACGAUCACACUAAAAAUGGUUAUUUUAAGAACGUUUUUAAAAAAAAUUAUGAUAUGAAGGGACAUAGAAAUGAUGAAACCGAAAUCAAAAUAAAUAGUUAUAAUAAGCAAAUAACUCAAAAUCAUAAAAGACAAACAUCAUCUUCAGAGACUAAUAUGGCAAACACAAUUUCCAUAAUGUCCAACGCCAUACGAAACGCAGUGAGCAAACAACGUAUACGCUAUAAGGAGAAAGGAUUUAACUUGGAUCUAACCUAUAUUUGCUCUAAUAUUAUUGCGAUGGGAUAUCCUGCUCCAGAUAAAAUAGAAGGCAUUUGGAGAAAUCGCUAUGAGGACGUGUUAAAGUUUUUAGAUGAAAAUCACGGUGAUCAUUACAAAAUCUACAAUUUGUGCAAAGAACGCAAUUACGACAAAAGUAAAUUUCACGGGAGAGUUGCAAUUUAUCCGUUUGAAGAUCAUAAUCCUCCCACAAUUGAGUUAAUACAACGUUUUUGUCAUGAUGUUGAAUCUUGGCUAAAAGCUGAUUUGCUCAACGUUGUCGCCGUGCACUGCAAGGCAGGCAAAGGACGAACUGGUACCAUGAUAUGCGCAUAUUUGGUGCAUUGUAGAUUCAAGAAAACCGCUGACGAAGCACUCGAUUGGUAUGGUGAAAAGCGUACGAAAGAUCGAAAGGGGGUUACAAUUCCAUCUCAACGUAGAUAUGUUCAGUAUUAUUCAAAGUUGAUCCCAGAUUUGCGGUAUAAAGUUACAAGUCUUUACGUCUGUGAAAUUCGAUUUGCGGACACGAAUUUUUUGCAUAAUCUUGGCCCAUUGCAAUGCUCGAUUUGGGACAUGCAGGACUCCGCAACAGAAAAAGCUAAGGCACAACAACUGAAGACGUGGCAACUUGAUUUCCAGCAAUCUUCUAACUUGGAUUUAAGUAGCUCACCACUUUUAGUUUCUGGUGAUAUUAAAGUGGAACUAGCAAAAAUAUCAUCGGAUAAGAUCAUUUGCCACGCCUGGAUGAAUACAUUCUUUGUGCAAAGUAGUUCUGAUUGUGAAACCGAUGGAACGAACGUCAAAUAUAUGUAUACUUUAAACAAGUCCGAAAUCGAUGGUGCCCAUAAGGACAAAGAUUACAAGUUUUCGGAGGGCUUUAAGAUCUCGAUUGUAUUUGAAGGAGAGAAACGUUCCGACUGCAUACAAACUGAACCCUCAGUGAAUAAUCGAAACAAUAAUCGAAACUCGGAUAAUUUGCCUAGUGACAAUGAUAGGAAUCUAAACAGUGAGGGUUCUGAUUUCAACUCUCCGUCCUCAAGUCGUUUUUUUCGAACGUAAUAAUGGUCCAUUUCAUGCCAAUGAUGAGAGAAGUGCAACUCGAUCUCAACAAUUGGAGCAAAAUGGGAAACAACCU